AUGGUGCCUACAGGCGACCAGCGCCUGAGAUGGGAGUGCGUGAAGAUCAAGGAGCGACGAACGGAAGGAGCGGAAAAGAGGGAAAGAGGGAGGGAGAACGGGGGAGGACUAGGUGUAAAAGAGGCUUUGAGAGCAGGGGUCGCGGAAGGGAGGAAAGAGACGUUGGAUGUGGUGGAAAAGGUAGAGGGCGUGGAGGGAGAGAGAUGCCGGCAGUUGCGGAUUGGCCUCUGCUGCAGCGCUCACAGCCCGUUCUGCCUGCCGCGCGCUGAUUGGUGGUGCAUCUGCGCUGACAUGGCAAGCGGAAGAAGCGGAGGACCCGGAUACGCGGAAGGGAGUGCAGCGGAAGGGAGUGCAGCGCGGGGGAGUGCAGCGGAAGGUGGGGUGCGAGGUGAGUGUGUGGCUCUGCUCUCAAUGUCGCUCUGCUCUCAAUGUCGCUCUGCUCUCAACGUCGCUCUGCUCUCAAUGUCGCUCUGCUCUCAACGUCGCUCUGCUCUCAAUGUCGCUCUGCUCUCAACGUCGCUCUGCUCUAAAUGUCGCUCUGCUCUCAACGUCGCUCUGCUCUCAAUGUCGCUCUGCUCUCAACGUCGCUCUGCUCUCAACGUCGCUCUGCUCUCAACGUCGCUCUGCUCUCAACGUCGCUCUGCUCUCAACGUCCCUCUGCUCUCAACGUCGCUCUGCUCUCAACGUCGCUCUGCUCUCAACGUCGCUCUGCUCUCAACGUCGCUCUGCUCUCAACGUCGCUCUGCUCUCAACGUCGCUCUGCUCUCAACGUCGCUCUGCUCUCAACGUCGCUCUGCUCUCAACGUCGCUCUGCUCUCAACGUCGCUCUGCUCUCAACGUCGCUCUGCUCUCAACGUCGCUCUGCUCUCAACGUCGCUCUGCUCUCAACGUCGCUCUGCUCUCAACGUCGCUCUGCUCUCAACGUCGCUCUGCUCUCAACGUCGCUCUGCUCUCAACGUCGCUCUGCUCUCAACGUCGCUCUGCUCUCAACGUCGCUCUUCUCUCAACGUCGCUCUGCUCUCAACGUCGCUCUGCUCUCAACGUCGCUCUGCUCUCAACGUCGCUCUGCUCUCAACGUCGCUCUGCUCUCAACGUCGCUCUUCUCUCAACGUCGCUCUGCUCUCAACGUCGCUCUGCUCUCAACGUCGCUCUGCUCUCAACGUCGCUCUUCUCUCAACGUCGCUCUGCUCUCAACGUCGCUCUGCUCUCAACGUCGCUCUGCUCUCAACGUCGCUCUGCUCUCAACGUCGCUCUGCUCUCAACGUCGCUCUGCUCUCAACGUCGCUCUGCUCUCAACGUCGCUCUGCUCUCAACGUCGCUCUGCUCUCAACGUCGCUCUGCUCUCAACGUCGCUCUGCUCUCAACGUCGCUCUGCUCUCAACGUCGCUCUUCUCUCAAUGUCGCUCUGCUCUCAACGUCGCUCUGCUCUCAACGUCGCUCUGCUCUCAACGUCGCUCUGCUCUCAACGUCGCUCUGCUCUCAACGUCUCUCUGCUCUCAACGUCGCUCUGCUCUCAACGUCGCUCUGCUCUCAACGUCGCUCUGCUCUCAACGUCGCUCUGCUCUCAACGUCGCUCUGCUCUCAACGUCGCUCUGCUCUCAACGUCGCUCUGCUCUCAACGUCGCUCUGCUCUCAACGUCGCUCUGCUCUCAACGUCGCUCUGCUCUCAACGUCGCUCUGCUCUCAACGUCGCUCUGCUCUCAACGUCGCUCUGCUCUCAACGUCGCUCUGCUCUCAACGUCGCUCUGCUCUCAACGUCGCUCUGCUCUCAACGUCGCUCUGCUCUCAACGUCGCUCUGCUCUCAACGUCGCUCUGCUCUCAACGUCGCUCUGCUCUCAACGUCGCUCUGCUCUCAACGUCGCUCUGCUCUCAACGUCGCUCUGCUCUCAACGUCGCUCUGCUCUCAACGUCGCUCUGCUCUCAACGUCGCUCUGCUCUCAACGUCGCUCUGCUCUCAACGUCGCUCUGCUCUCAACGUCGCUCUGCUCUCAACGUCGCUCUGCUCUCAACGUCGCUCUGCUCUCAACGUCGCUCUGCUCUCAACGUCGCUCUGCUCUCAACGUCGCUCUGCUCUCAACGUCGCUCUGCUCUCAACGUCGCUCUGCUCUCAACGUCGCUCUGCUCUCAACGUCGCUCUGCUCUCAACGUCGCUCUUCUCUCAAUGUCGCUCUGCUCUCAACGUCGCUCUGCUCUCAACGUCGCUCUGCUCUCAACGUCGCUCUGCUCUCAACGUCGCUCUGCUCUCAACGUCUCUCUGCUCUCAACGUCGCUCUGCUCUCAACGUCGCUCUGCUCUCAACGUCGCUCUGCUCUCAACGUCGCUCUGCUCUCAACGUCGCUCUGCUCUCAACGUCGCUCUGCUCUCAACGUCGCUCUGCUCUCAACGUCGCUCUGCUCUCAACGUCGCUCUGCUCUCAACGUCGCUCUGCUCUCAACGUCGCUCUGCUCUCAACGUCGCUCUGCUCUCAACGUCGCUCUGCUCUCAACGUCGCUCUGCUCUCAACGUCGCUCUUCUCUCAACGUCGCUCUGCUCUCAACGUCGCUCUGCUCUCAACGUCGCUCUGCUCUCAACGUCGCUCUGCUCUCAACGUCGCUCUGCUCUCAACGUCGCUCUGCUCUCAACGUCGCUCUGCUCUCAACGUCGCUCUGCUCUCAACGUCGCUCUGCUCUCAACGUCGCUCUGCUCUCAACGUCUCUCUGCUCUCAACGUCGCUCUGCUCUCAACGUCGCUCUGCUCUCAACGUCGCUCUGCUCUCAACGUCGCUCUGCUCUCAACGUCGCUCUGCUCUCAACGUCGCUCUGCUCUCAACGUCGCUCUGCUCUCAACGUCGCUCUGCUCUCAACGUCGCUCUGCUCUCAACGUCGCUCUGCUCUCAACGUCGCUCUGCUCUCAACGUCGCUCUGCUCUCAACGUCGCUCUGCUCUCAAUGUCGCUCUGCUCUCAAUGUCGCUCUGCUCAUUUGCUGA